ACGUCCAAGAUGACGCGGCACCUUUGCCCCUUCCCAGCCUUCGGAACCUCCCUGGCUGCAGUAUGCUGACCCUCGACAGUGGCGUGGAAGUGGGGGCCAGCAGUUGCUCCUUUUUCAACCGGUUUGGGGGCGCUUCCCCAUGGGGAGCGCCCUGCCUUUCUCUCUCCGAUUGACCACCGCUGGGUGUUUUGGAAGCCCCCAAUUGGCUGGAGAGCCUGGGAGGCAGCAGAGCCUUCCCUCCAAUCACAGACUAGGGCGGGAUCCGGAAUCCUGAGCACACGCCGGCCAGGGGCGAUGCAGUCGGACGACCUCUUCGUUCGCAGGAUGCGACGCCACUCAAACCGACCACCACUCACCUCGUUCUCGUUCGACAACUUCCGGGCCCCCAAGCCCCAGGUGGGUGAGGCCCCGCUGGUGGGCCACUGUGGCCCACCGCUGAGGUCGCCGCAGCGCAGCUGUCUCAUGCAUCGGAGCAACAGCGACGUGACCCUGAGCGAAGGGGAUCUGGCUGUCACUGCAGCCGCCCCCAGCUCCCCGUUGGCGCUGGCCUCAGCAUCUGGGACUGGGCUUCAGCGUAACGGCAGCAGCCCCAACGUGCCGUUGAAGAGCAUGGUGCCCCCUCGAGCCCGGGCGCACAGCCACGAAGAGUCACGGGCCGGCAGCCCUACCGCGCGGCGCUUCCGCGACCCCUUACUCUUGCUGGGACUGGCAUCUGCGGAUGUGUGGGAAACAGACGGGAGCGGUGCCCCAUCAGGGGAGGGUAGCGUGUCCCUCCCUGCACCGGAGGUGGCCGCGCCGGUGUGGGGCCGUCAUUUGGCCCAUUACGACGUCCAGAGUAUCCUCUUUGAGCCAGGCGAGGGGGCUCGGGAAGCCGCCAGGCAAGGCAACGUCACCACGGGAGCCUCAGCAGCUUCACAGUCCCGCACAGCAGACGUGAUGCCCAUUCUGGAGGACGGGGCAGGAGAGGAACAGGGCAGCACACUGGUGCUCAGCUGUUCCUGCUUUCGUGUGGAAGCCGGUGGAGAGGUCGAGCGGGGACUAGGCCAACACCGGGGGUUGCCGACCGGCUUCCGUUGUCCAAAUAUGGCUGUUUCAGUGCUGGAAGAACCCCGCGAAAGUUACGGCCAGAGGAGCAGCCGGGCCAUCCACGCCAUCGAAUAUGCCGAUCUUGGGGCCUGUUAUUACCGGAAGCAUUUCUACGGCAAAGAACACCAGAAUUUCUUUGGGGUGGAUGAUCAGCUGGGCGCUGUGGCCAUCUCCCUGCGCCGCGAAGAGAAGGAAGGAAGCGCUGGUCCGCAGUAUAACUACCGUCUUAUCAUACGCACAAGUCAGCUGCGGACUCUGCGCGGAUCCAUUUUGGAGGAUGUUCUUCCUCUCACUGCUCGCCAUGCCUCUCCCCGGGGUGUUCCUCCCAAGAAGCUGCUGGAGCAUGUCAUGCCAGAGCUCAACUUGCAGUGCCUCCGUCUUGCUUCCAGCUCCCCAAAGGUCCCAGAGACAUUACUGAAGUUGGAUGAGCAAGGGCUCAGCUUCCAGCGCAAAGUGGGGGUGCUGUAUUGUCGGGAAAAGCAAGGCUCUGAAGAGGAUAUGUACAAUAACGAGAAGGCUGGGCCCACCUUUGAAGAAUUCCUGAGCCUUUUGGGAGAGCGGGUACGCCUGCUCGGCUUCGACAAGUACCGUGCGCAGCUGGACAACAAGAGUGACUCUACAGGGACUCACUCUCUGUAUACCACAUACCAGGACUAUGAGAUUAUGUUCCAUGUCUCCACCAUGUUGCCCUAUACACCAAACAACCGCCAGCAGCUGUUGAGGAAACGACACAUUGGGAAUGACAUUGUGACCAUCAUCUUCCAAGAGCCAGGUGCCCUCCCCUUCACACCCCGCUUGGUUCGUUCACAGUUCCAGCAUGUUUUCAUUGUGGUCAGAGUUCACAAUUCCUCCACGGACCAUACCACCUACAGCGUGGCUGUCAGCUGCACUGAGGACAUCCCACACUUCGGGCCUUGCAUUCCGGCCGAGAACUCCUUCGUCAAGGGCCCGGCCUUCCGGGACCUUCUGCUUGCCAAGGUGAUCAACGCAGAAAAUGCGGCCGAGCGGUCGGGCAAGUUCCACGCCAUGGCAACCCGGACGCGCCAGGAGUACCUACGUGACCUGGCUCUCAACCACGUCACCACCAGCACGUUGGAGGCAUCCACCUCCCGCCGGCCCCUUAUCACUUUGCCAGCGGCCAAGAAGCGUGAAAAGUCUAAGGUGCCCAAGGGGGCAGAAGCCCACAGCGCAGGCGCUUUGGUGUGGGGUGUGUGGGCCCGGGACGGGAGCACAGAGCCCAACAGCAAGACUCUGGAGCUCCGGUGCCUGCUGGGCAUCUCAUCGGAGUUUCUCGUCCUCAUUGAUGCCCGUGAGAAGAGAGUGAUUUUUAACUGUUCGUGCCGGGACAUCUUAGCUUGGACUUUUUCUGAGAAUUGCACGCUGGACCUUUAUUAUGAGACCGGGGAUUACAUUUGCAUGCGCGUGGACGAGGGCCAGGCAGCCGACAUUCGCGAUAUCGUCCACCGGCUUCAAUUGGUGACCCGCGGGUGCGAGACCCGGGAACUGACCCUGUUACGGAACGGCGUUGGCCAGCUGGGCUUCCAGAUGGACCACGAGGGCUUUGUGACCGAAGUGGAGCGCUUCACCUUUGCGGAGAAAGCUGGACUCCAGCCGGGGGCCCGCCUGGUGCGUGUCUGCGAGAGGCCCUUGCCCGGCCUGAGCCCCCCCCAGACCGCUGAACUCCUGCGCACGGCAAAAAAGGUUACCAUCACUGUUGUUCCCCCGGAUGAGAACGGAAGACCCAGGAGAAGCUUCUCCGAACUGUACCAGAAAUCCCUGCAGGAGAAACGGAGGAGUGAGCCUCCAGUCAGCGAUGCAGAACUGAGCCGGCCAGGAAGCGAAGUGGUGUUCAAACCGGCCACGCUCCAGCUCCUCCAUUCCCUGUCCCUGCAGGAUGGGGCUCCUCACAACUUGGCCGAAGAGCGAACUGAGUUCUUGCGGAGUCACAACGACCAAACCCCAGCACCUUCCAACGCGAUUCCACCCAAAAGUUUCUCCGUUACGUCCAACCCUCCUCCAGAUAUAAUCUUGGCAACCACUCCCAAAGCCCUCCCAGAUCGAGAUGUGUCCCUCCCUUCCAGCCCAAAUCAGGUGGUGGUGAAAGUGUUUCUGCUCUCCCCCACAGUCCUCUCUGAAGCUGGGGAGUCACUGGAAGACGAAUGGGACUCCAUCGCCAAUCUGGCUUCAGCUUGUAACAACAUCCUGGAAGCUCUCUCUCGGGAAGGCCAGCACAUCCUGGAGAAUCGAGAAGCAUGCUCUGCAGCCCAGAGAUGCACCAAUCAGCCCCAAGCCAUUGACGAGUCUCAGCAUGCUCUCAGCCUGGCUGACAAAGUUUUGUACUUGGAACUAAAACUCAAGGAGCUGCAGGAAGAUCUUCAGAAGGAGAAAGCUGAAAAAGCAGCUCUGCAAGCCGAAAUGCAGACCCUGCAGCAGAACACGAAGCGACUGAAAGAGGCGUCGGAGACAGCCGCGGCCCAACUCAGCCAGGUCACACAGAUGUUAGGGGGAGGGCCAGCCCCUCCCCACUGCCCUUGAGGGUCCCCCACGGCCUCCCGCUGCCCCAGCCCUGGACGGCUCACCUGACUUUCUCCCUAACUAGGCAGAGGACGGUCGCCCCCGAGACUUCAGAGAAGCUGGGGGGUUAAUGGUAUUUCCGAAACCCUCCACUUCCAAAUUCUUGCGUCUGUCUAGAAGUUCAGCUCUCCCCAUUUGUCGAGGGGGGGUCUGUCUCCUUCCAGAAGAUGAGGUGGGGGUGGGCAUUUGGACUGGAAAGGACACGCUUGGCCGAUGAUCUCUUUUGACUCUUCGUGGUCCAGAUCUGACUUCCUCCCUUUCUCCAUACAGACUUUCGUUGGGACACUUGCCUCGCACCCGGGUCUGUUCCUGCAAUUUGCAGGGUUCAGGCCACGGGCUCUUAGCCCCCGUCUCCGCCCAGCCCUGGGGAAGGGCCACAGCCGUGGCUUCCGCACGGAAGAGAUGGGGGGGGGAUCAAUAAAAAGGCAAUAAUUGCAAAUGGCUUCCAAGGAAGGGGCAAGUGGGUGCAUCUCCUGCUGAUUGUUUUAUCAGGGUCUUGGGAGAAGCUGGACAAGCCGAUAAGCCUCUUGGUGUUUUAUCUUCCUCUUUCCUCCCCUUACCGCACUGUCUUGGGUGGCACAGCGUGCUUCCAGCCCAAUUUACUGUGAAUUUUUUUGAAAGCUGUGAUAGGACUACCCCCUCCCCCAAAUCUUCUGCGUCACCCUGCCGGUCCUUCCUUCCCCCCUGCACUCGUAACCCAUAGACUGCUCCUAGAGCGGGGUGGGGUCACAGCGUCUAGCCUGCCAUUUAUUUUGUCCUCCCAGCAUCUUCCCCACCCCAAAACGGUGCUAUCCAUGAAUUACGUUUCCAUUUCUCUUCCCUCGCAUCCUGCCCCACCUGGGACGAGGGGCAUUUUCUGGAGCUCUUCUGUGUCUCUGUGUUCUGUAGUCUGUCCGUCCCCCUUUCCUCCCUCCCCUUCCUCUUUUCUCUCACUCCUUUCUGUGCUCCUUUCCUUAUUUAUUCUCUUCUCCUUCCUCCCCUCCCCUUCGGGCUGUAUUUGAACUGAAUGUACAGAUUGACCAGUUUUCCCUCUUUGUGCAAUAAAGUUUUCAUC